ACCUUUUCUCAUUUUGUCGUCAAGAUGCAGGCGCAGUUGGCUUGUGUGCUCCUCCUCUGUUUUCCAUGCGGCGCGCUCUGCACAGAUGUAGAGCAGGAGCAGCGAGCGCUCGCUGAGGAGCUCUUCACCAACCUCUUCACCUCUAAGAUGAAACACAACAGGCAGACUGCCCCCUACUGGCACGUAUCGUUGACCAACCUGUGCCGGCUGAUGGGCGGCCUGCGGCAGGAGGCGUGGAGCGGCGAGCAGGAGGAAGAGGAGGCAGAGGCUUCCGAGCUGAGGGAAGGGAGUCUCCCGCUGCUGGAAGAGCUGUACAGCCUCCAACACAUCUGCAGAGCGCUGCAGAGCCGGGAGGAGAGGCUACUCCGAGACUCGGUGGAAUAUUCAGAGGAGAACAGCGAUGCGCCGCUGAAACGAAAAUCCCCGUACAUCCUGAAGAGGCAAGCCGCCCACAACGCCAAGUCGCGAAGGCCUUACAUCUUAAAGCGGAGCUCGGUUUACUGACGGCCGUCGCUCGUUCCGUCUGCGUGUGGCUGCAGAGUUUGUUCGUUUUUUUGUUGUUUUUUUUCUCCAGUAAGAACCUGCGAUUGUACGUCCAGCGCUGAGGCCUGUCGUUAUGCUGCUGCUGACAAUAAAACAACUGAAGCAUCGUA